AUGACGACUUAUACUGAAAAUAAUAUUUCUGUUGUUGAGAUAACUAAAUAUGGUGUUGACAAAUGUGAAGUUUAUUAUCAAAUGUAUCCUGAUCCAUCAUCAAAUCCAUAUAUCUUUAUUCCAUUUGCUAUUUUUUAUAUGGUAAUUUUUACUCUUGGUAUUAUUGGAAAUGUUUCUAUUAUUUAUGUUACAGUAAGACAUAAAGUAUUACAGAGUGUUCAAAAUAUGUUUAUACUUAAUUUGGCUGCUAGCGAUAUAAUUGUUUGUCUUUUAUCAUUACCAAUCACACCAGUCACAAAUGUCUUUAAAAAUUGGUAUUUUGGUGAAGUUUUAUGCCGUUUAAUUGCUCUUAUACAGGGUGUUAGUAUUUAUAUUUGCACUUUUAGUCUUGGAGCAAUAGCAGUUGAUCGUUAUAUUUUGGUUGUUAAGCCACAUUCUAAGGCACUUAGUAGAAAAGGAGCUUUAGUUGUAACUGGAAUUCUUUGGACAUUAUCUUUAAUAUUUAAUAUACCAUAUGUAUUAUUUAUGUAUAUCCAAAGUUAUGAGGGUGUAUGUGGAGUUUUUUGUACUGAAAAAUGGCCAAAUCCAGAAAGUAGACGUGCAUAUACAUUAAUGGUUAUGGUAGCACAGUUUGUCUUUCCAUUCAGUGUUAUGGCAUUUUGUUACGCUACUAUAUUUUCAAAAUUAAAAAGUAGAGCAAAAUUAAGAAUUAGAAAAAUAGAUGAACGAUUUGUUGCCUUAGGAAGAAGCUCAAAUUAUACAAAUAUUAGUGAACAUUUAGCUAUGGAAACUGAUAAUAAAACCUGUGUUGUUUUAAGUACAACAUUAACUGUAACUAAUAAUAUAGAAAUAAGUAAAGGUAAUGUACCAACAUUAGCAUUACAAAAAGAAAAAGAUAAACAACGUCUUCUUAAUCAAACAAGAAGAAAUACGAUAAUAUUAGUUAGUAUGGUUGUAAUAUUUGGUUUAACAUGGUUACCACAUAAUGUUGUUUCAUUAGUUCUUGAAUAUGAUGAAGAUCAAACAAUAUUUAAAAUAGAUGGUGAUGAUGAUUUAGAUUUAUCAUAUUUAGUAAAUUUAUUUACUCAUAGUAUUGCAAUGACUAAUAUUGUUUUUAAUCCAGUCCUUUAUGCAUGGUUAAAUCCACAAUUUCGAGAUUUAUGUAUUCAAACCUUUUAUAAAAAUCGAAAAGCCAAAAGUACAAAUAAAAACUUAAGUAAAUGCAUAACAUCUGAGACAAAAUUAAACCAUAAUGAUUCAUUUAUUCCUUUAAGGGAUGAAGGAAAAAAAAUAAUAACAUCUUAUCAAACUUCAAAAACGAUGGAACAACAACAAAAUAAUUUGUCAAAUGUUGUUAGUAAUAAUACUAAAAAACUUAUUAAAAAAAUAAAUAAUGAUAGUGUUGAAACAAUGAAAAUGUUAUCAUCCAAUUCAAGUUUCAUUGAUUGUGAAACUAUAGAAGGUCAAUUUAAUAGUAUAGAACAAAGUUCAUGUGAAGAUGUUAUUGUUUAA